AUGUCUCCAGUAACCCCCGAGAUUAGAGCAAGUGCAGAAAUCGUCACCGGGAAUGACAUUUGCAAGGCAAAGAUCCAGUCUCUGCUUAGCGAAUACGAGCUUCCCAGUGGCCUCUUGCCCGCAGAGGAUAUUGAGGAGCUCGGUUGCGUGAAAGAUACUGGAUUUAUGUGGCUGAAACAAAAGAAAGAUAUAGUCCACAAGUUUGAGAAGGCUAGCAAGCAAGUGUCGUAUGCCACUGAGGUCACUGGGCUUGUGGAGAAGUGCAAGAUCAAGAAGAUGACUGGCAUCAAAUCCAAAGAGGUGUUCAUAUGGAUCACAGUUAAUGAGGUCUUCGUUGACGGUCCACCAGCUAACAAGAUCACCAUGAAAACACCCACCGGAAUCUCCAAGAGCUUUCCGAAGGCGGCCUUUGAGGCUUGA